AUGUCAUCUAACUCUUUAAACCGCCGGACACGCAUCGACUUUGAUGCCAUCAGAGGGUUUAAGGGGCCUUCUCAGAGCGUGACCCGCCAGGAAGAUCACCAUACGGAUAGUGAAACUCCCAGUCGCCAUGGGACUGGAUUUAAUUCAGCAGCAGGACUCCCGAGAGCCCUCUCGUCCGGAAUCUAUCGUACCACCUCAGCAGCUGGUUCGAAGCCCCUGAGCCCCCCAGUAGCACUCGGACAUGGGACGGAGAAUACCUUGAUUGUAAAGCACCAAUCCCCGUGGGAAAAGUACAGAAAAAGCCAUUGCAUACGGCUUGGCGAGGAAGACGACGACAUGGUGGACGUUGCCGAUGUCAGACACCCGUGGUCCGAUGACAUUAUCAUCACUCCUAAAAGGGAGGGUCCCACGCCGUACGUCGUCUCUGUGAAGAGCUUCUCUAUUCACAACGGCGAAAUAAAAUGUCGUAUGUUGCAACAGCUUGAACAUGAGAAUAUCGUGUCCGUGAGAGACAUAUUUCUCUAUGACGAAUCAUUCUACGUUGUCUUCGAACACAUGCCGAUGUCCCUGAGCCUUUUCACCGGCUUUCCGAAACACCUCGACGAGGAUCAACUGACAUCGAUAUUAGGGCAGGGAUGUUUUAUCCUCAACGGACUUGUGUAUCUUGCGACAAAAGGACUGGAACAUGGCUCCCUGACCACCUCGACCACUCUCAUCAACGUUGCUGCUGACCAGGAGCUUUGUCGACCUUGCCGUCAGGGCAGUCCAGGGUCAAGAGAUAUUCGGGCGCUGGGCUUCAUCACGAUGGAGCUGAUGCAGAAAUAUGCCAAAGUUGAUGGUACCGUCGGAGUAGAUGACCUCGGCCGGUGGCCCUCCGAUUCUCUGGCGGCCAGAUUCCUCUCUGAGACGACGUCUGCCACUUCGGCAGAGAGGCUCUUGAAGAGUCCAUUGUUCCGCCGGCCCUGGGGAAAGAGAAAUCUCCAGGGACUGGCAGAUAUUACCUCGAUUGCCCCAUUUAGGGGCUACAGAUUGCCACCCAGUUAG